CUGUUUCUAGGUCUCAUCGACUUAGCGCUCACUAAUGCAUACAUUGUGCAUCGUCAAGUGCAAGCAGCCAACGGCAAGCGUGCCAUGUCGCAUUUCCAGUUUUUGGCAGAACUUCAUGCACAGUUACUGAAUGUUCAGCCCGAUGACUUCACACGGAACACACGGGAUACACUUUAUACACCCACUAUUCCCACACGACCCUCAACAGCGCACGAACAUCUUCCUGAAGAGACACAAUAUUUUACCAAAGAGAUUGGUGAUCCACGUCGCAAACGCAAACAUCGUGCUUGCAAGGUUUGCUCCUGUAUUGCGGGAUCUACUGACAAACGGGGAAAAACACCAAGUGGUUCUGUCGAGCGUGCUCCAUGGGCAAGUCAGGCGAGUAAUGUGUACUUGUGUCAGCACUAUCGGCGCCAAAGUGGCGGUAUCAAGAAGUCCUGCUUCUCUAUAUGGCACGAAGACUGGGAAAACGGGAACGAGAUUCCACUGGAAUAUUCAAAACGCCUUCAGUUUAGGUUGCCUUCCCAAGCAAGACGUACGCGAGCUCAAACUUAG